AAACUGCCGUAAUUCAGGGAGGGAUCCAUCUCUUCCCGCUCUCGCGGCAGUCUCGCGGUAUUUCCUUCCCCCGCGGGAAUUAUUUGAACGCUCUGGCGGUAACUCCACCCUGGGUGCUCAGCUGCCUGCUGACCGGAACCCGAGGCGCCUCUGUAAACUUGACCUGCGGGCCGUAGGGACCCUGCAGCCCGGAGCGGACGAGGCUCGUCCCGGCCGGGUGCCGGCGCCAUGGGGGCGGAGAAGAAGCUGCUGCCGGUUAAGGAGGCCUUUCAGCUGGCGCAGCAGCCGCACCAGAACCAGGCGAAGCUGGUGGUGGCGCUGAGCCGCACCUACCGCACGAUGGAUGUUAAAACAGUUUUUCAUGAGGAGUUUGUCCAUUAUCUUAAAUAUGCUAUGGUGGUCUAUAAACGUGAACCAGCGGUGGAGAGAGUAAUAGACUUUGCAGCCAAGUUUGUUACUUCAUUUCACCAGUCAGAUACGGAAGAUGAUGAGGAAGAGGAAGAUGGUGGCAUUUUAAAUUAUUUGUUUACCUUUCUUUUAAAGUCUCAUGAAGCAAACAGCAAUGCAGUUAGAUUUAGAGUGUGCCAGCUCAUAAACAAGCUCUUGGGAAGUAUGCCAGAAAAUGCCCAGAUUGAUGAUGAUUUGUUUGAUAAAAUUAAUGAAGCCAUGCUUAUUAGAUUGAAAGAUAAAAUUCCAAAUGUGAGGAUACAGGCAGUUCUGGCUCUUUCACGACUUCAGGAUCCCAAAGAUGAUGAAUGUCCAGUCGUUAAUGCAUAUGCUACUUUGAUUGAAAAUGAUUCAAAUCCAGAAGUUAGGCGUGCAGUGUUAUCAUGUAUUGCACCAUCAGCAAAGACUUUGCCAAAAAUUGUGGGGCGCACCAAGGAUGUGAAAGAGACUGUCAGAAAGCUGGCUUAUCAGGUUUUAGCUGAAAAGGUUCAUAUGAGAGCUAUGUCCAUUGCUCAGAGAGUAAUGCUCCUUCAACAAGGUCUUAAUGACAGAUCAGAUGCUGUGAAACAAGCAAUGCAGAAGCAUCUUCUCCAAGGCUGGUUACGUUUCACUGAAGGAAAUAUAUUAGAGUUGCUUCAUCGGUUAGAUGUGGAAAAUUCUCCUGAAGUGGCAGUCUCUGUUCUCAAUGCCUUAUUUUCAGUGGCUCCUCUUAAUGAACUGGCAGAAAUCUGUAAAAAUAAUGAUGGCAGGAAACUGAUUCCAGUGGAAACAUUAACUCCUGAAAAUGCUUUGUAUUGGCGUGUCCUUUGUGAAUAUGUGAAAUCAAAAGGAGAUGAAGGUGAAGAAUUUUUGGAGCAAAUUUUGCCAGAGCCCAUAGUAUAUGCAGAGUAUUUACUAAGUUAUAUUCAGAGUAUCCCAGUUGUUAAAGAUGAAAUGAAAAAUGAUUUUUCUUAUAUUGGAAAUUUGAUGUCAAAAGAAUUUAUAGGUCAACAGUUAAUUCUAAUUAUCAAGUCUUUGGAUACAAGUGAAGAAGGAGGAAGGAAAGGACUACUGGCUGUUUUACAGGAGAUUCUUACUCUACCCACAACCCCGGUAUCCCUACUUUCUUUUCUUGUUGAGAGAUUGCUCUGCAUUGUUAUGGAUGAUAAUAAGAGAACACAAAUUGUUACAGAAAUUAUCUCAGAGAUUCGGGCGCCCAUUGUUACUGUUGGUGCUGGUGAUCCAGCUGAUGCAAGAAAGAAAGAACUCAAGAUGGCAGAAAUAAAAGUUAAACUUAUUGAGGCAAAAGAAGCUUUGGAAAAUUGCAUUAACUUACAGGAUUUUAAUCAAGCAUCAGAAUUAAAAGAAGAAAUAAAAGCAUUAGAAGAUGCCAAAAUAAACCUAUUGAAAGAGACAGAGCAACUUGAAAUCAAAGAAGUCCAUAUAGAGAAGAAUGAUGUUGAAACACUACAGAAGUGUCUUAUUUUGUGCUAUGAACUGUUGAAGCAGAUGUCCACUUCAGCUGGUAUAGGUGCAACCAUGAAUGGCAUCAUUGAAUCUUUGAUUCUUCCUGGAAUAGUAAGUGUUCAUCCUGUAAUAAGAAAUCUGGCUGUUUUAUGCUUGGGAUGCUGUGGACUACAGAAUCAGGAUUUUGCAAGUAAACACUUCGUAUUACUGUUGCAGGUUUUGCAAAUUGAUGAUGUGACAAUAAAAAUAAGUGCUUUAAGGGCAAUCUUUGACCAACUGAUGACGUUUGGUAUUGAGCCAUUUAAAACUAAAAAAAUCAAAGCCGUACAAAGUGAAGAUGCAGAAAUAAACACUGAUGGAGACCAAGAGUUCAAAGAAGCUGAAGAAGAGACUGCUACAGCCAAGAAUGUUCUGAAACUCCUUUCUGAUUUCUUAGAUAGUGAGCUGCUGAUGGUACUGGUGUCAUUUCUGUUUUAUGAAAAAUUGACUUGGAAAGACCAUUUAAAAUGUUUAAUGAAGCUUUUUAAAAUUUACAUUGUUGUGUCAUUUCCUUUAAUAGAAAAAAGUAAAGAAGCAUAUAAAACUCCUCUCAGGGAUGUAAAAGCAACCCGAGCAUCAAAAUCCACUCAGCAAAAGACUAACAGAGGACGGAGAAAAGUGACAGCUUCAGCUAGGAUGAACAGGAGACGUCAGACUGUGGAGGUUGACUCUGAAAGUGACCCUGAAAUUCCAGAGCCAGAAUCAGAAAUGAAGAUGAGAUUGCCAAGACGAGCCAAAACAGCAGCACUAGAAAAAAGUAAACUUAACCUUGCAGAGUUUCUCAAUGAAGAUAUAAGUUAGAAGAGAUGAUGGAGGUGAAGUCCUUUUAACCAUGUCCUUUAAAAUUAUGUUCAGUUUUCUGCUUUAAUAAAGUUACCCUUGUAUCAAAAUCA